AUGAAUCAAUGGCUUACAAGCGACUUAGACAGAAUUGCAAAAGCAAAAUCGGUGUCAAAUUGGUCUCUUUGUGAAAAAUUGCACCACGAAUCUCACGAGUUGAAGCAAAAAAUUCACAGAGUUAAGUUCGAGUUGCAUCAGCUAGAAAGAAAGCAAAAACAGGCCAAAUGGUACAGCGGAAAGAAGGCUGAAAAGAAGGAGAAAGAGAAACCCAAACCUCAAACUACCUUGCAAAGUUUUCUUAAAAAGUCAAGCGAUGGAGUGAAAAAAAGCAAUCCAACAGAACCAACAGUGAUAAUUUCCUCUCCUGAAUCAGAAUCAGCAAGAAGUGCAGUUGUUGAUAUAGUAGUCCCCCUGUGUGAAGUGGUAACAGAUGAAACAGAGAUUGUUACUUCAUGUGAUGCUGCCGAAGCAAAAGAGGUGAACGCUGGUCAUGAUUGCAAAGUUACAAAUCCAUGCAGUAACGAAAACGUGGAAAAGCCGGACCUAGGAUCAAAGCAAAAUGUUGGGGAUGAUCAGCUUUUUCCGAUUCUCCCCUUCAGGACAACCUGAGGGGGCUGCAUCAAAACAUCAACAUUGUAAAACAGCACAACUGUGGUUCCAAUUACAGGACAUUAGCAGACGGAACAUGCAUGUCCAAUUUUAAGGGACUAACCCUUCAACAAUAUAUUGAUGCAAAACAUGGUGUUUGUCUCCAAGAGCAUUCUGGCAGCUGCAGAUGCCCACAGGUAAUCAAAGUUGCUGAGACCAUUAUCAGAGAUGGUCACAUGAAGUUAACCGAUGCAUUUCACACAUGUAGCCCACGUACAAGUAGUCAAAAGCAAAAAGAAUGCUGCUUCAAAUGCCACUAGCAACUGUAACAGUUGGUGAAACAGGAAACCAGCAUGUUUAUUUGGCAGAUAAAUCUAUUAACAUUACUCUUAUAGGACAUGCACUGGAAUCAUUUCAUAAACAACCAAAUGAUCAUCCCAUGGCUAAAGAUAUUCUUAAGAGAGUUCUCAAGGCUGCCCAGAAUAAUCAAGAACGGGAGAGGAUACGGUACAAAUUUUGCAAAUAGUCUGGCCUUUCAGCAACAAAACUUUCUGAGCAGUAUGGAUUGGAAUCUGCUAAUGCACAUACAGAGGAAAGUCGAAGAUGCCAUGAGAAAAGCGGAACAGGUUUACGAAACCUAUGAAUACUUGGCAAAUGUAAAGGAUAAUGCAAUACGUAAAUCAUUUGGUAUAGACUUAAAUAGCGACAGCAGUGAAAGUGAAUCGGAUAGUGAAAAUGAUUGCGAUAAUCAGUUGAACGCAACAAAUGAAGAAGAGUUACCAUUAAACCAACCAAUCAGUAAACCAAUCGUCAAUUCUGGUCAGCUUCUUGAUCUGUUGCACAAAUGCAAUUUGAAUUGGUUUUAAUUCAUAGAAAAAGUAGGAAAUGAGUGGCCUGAACUAUGAUAUUGAUAAUAUUCUGUCAGAUUUGACCUUUCAACUAUCGUCUCUUGGCUUCACAGAGAAUGAUGUGAGUUGUAUUGAGAACAGUAGACAAACAGAACGGAUAGAUGCAAGUAAUUAUGUUAGUUCAGACUCAGAUGAGGAAGAAAAAACCUCGGGUACUGAGAAGAAAAACUUUCCCACAGACUAAAGAAACUCUCUCUUCAGAGCGAGAGAAUUCUAGUGCAGAGCAUCAGAAUGACCUCAUAGGGAACAAAGCUAUACAAAGAGAAGUGAAGCUAAUGCAUCGCUGAAUGAAACGCCAUGCUUCCGAAAAGGUUGUUCAGAUGAGGUUAGUACAGAGGUGCAAAGGGAAGUAUGUUUCAAAGAUUCUGCGGGACUGCCCAGAUAUAGGGAAGACUAUUGAAGAAUUUGUGAAGGACAACAAUGUCGGUGCAGAUGCCUAGCGAAGAACAGGUGUUCUCACAUUUGACGGAAAUAGGAAACUGAAUAAGGUGACUUUUUCUCGCAUUAAGGAGCAUCUAGAAACAAAAUAUGGUCGCACAUUUGGCCAAUGUACAGUGGUCAACUUUGUGUACCCCAUAAUAAAGGAUGCAUUUCUGCAUCCAACUACAAAGGCUUGGCGAAAGUAACUUCCAGACAUGCAAGAAAGGGUUUCACUAUUCGCUAUAAUCCUGAUACCCAUUGGUCAGCCGCCUUGUACAAGGGUCUUAAUAAGUUGGAAUAUACAGAUGGCAAAAAUAUCAUGAAUCUCAACAGAGACGAUCAGGCUGGAUUUAGACUGGACACAUCAGCAACCCACAGCAAACAUGCAUUCCUCUGCACGUCACCAGUUCUUACAACAAAAACGGAUUGUGAACAAGUACAAUUCUACUUUGCAGACAACAUCAUAUAAUUUCACGUAGACUGCAAACACUGGAGAAAUGUGCACUGGUGUUGUUAAAGCUGUGCCGAUCCAUUACAAGAAUCCAGCCCGGCAUGCAAAAGAUCUCGAAGACAUUGAAAAACAGCCUGAAUUUACCGAUAUUUUUACUAAUUUAGAGACCAUGCUUUCAAAGACAAUUGAAUGCAUAAGAGUAGACAGGGGAAAUGACGAGGGUCCAAGUCUUGGACUCAGAGGCAUCUUCAAAAGAAAACAAAAGCGCUUUUGUUAAGCACCCGAGAAAGUGGAUCAAGUAACAAAAACCAUGUUGAACUCCAAAACGGUUGUCUGGCAUUAGCCCACGCAAACGUAUACAUCCCAUCAAAUUUGAAUGGACAAGUACUAGUAUGUGAUGAUGGCAAAGUUGAUGAAAGUAAACUGAAAGACAAUCUAGAUUCAGCCAUUGACGUGUAUAUUGAAAGAGUAACUGGAGCACCUUGUGGUGAUGCCAAAAUAAACCUUUUUAAAGGUUCUGAUAGUUCAGAUUAUCAAACACUAAGGAAGCAUUUAUAACAUUUCUGAAAGGAAAAGCACCAGAGAAGAAAGCCCUUCAGCAGCAGCACCAAGAGAUUUAUAGAAAAAUCAAAGAAAUGUGGGAUCUCCGAAAGCAACACAUGGUUACCAGUCCUUUAACAAGCAAGUAUUCAGAAAAUUACAAAGUUUCCCAUAGACAUUAUUAAAAAUGUUCUAGUGAAGCGAUUUCAUGAUAAAUAAGUGAGCAAUGGGCCCAAAACAACGGCUAAAUUAUGUUUUUGUUUUAAACCACAAUAUGUCCGAAAAGAGUUAUUUUAAAAAUUGUUGUAAUUUGACAAAAUUUAUGAAAAUAGAUAUAACAGUGAUUUUGGAAUAUCCUACUUAUCUAAAUGUGAUUUUAUUCUAAGUAUUUGUGCCAAAAAGGGCACAUACACACACAGUAAGUUUAUCCUGGUGUCGUUUGAAACAUACUUUAGCUAAAAUAACAACUUGAACAAGAAAACCAACUAUGGGGUCACGAAAACAGUAAAAAAUUGUGCCCACAUUUGCACAAACAGUUUGUCUAAAACCAUAACUUUGAACUAGAUUCAACCAACUUUAAAGCGGUUGAGUGUUUGAUUGCAUAUUUCUACUCAACAUUACCCUUAAAAAUAUCUGCUCACUUGUAUUCCGUGUUCAUAUUUCUUGUGAUUUCCGACUUCUAUUUUUGAUAAAGUUUGGAGAAAUCCUCAUCUUUUUGCCUGAAAAUCCUGCACAUGGUUCACAGAACAACAUGACCCAAAACGUCAAUACAUUUGCUUUAAUUUCGUGCCAAAUUUUCGUUGUAAUCAUUCAAAAACCUAUUUUUUUGCUUUUAAAACUUGUAAAAUCCUUCUUUGCAACAGUAUUGCCAUAGUUCAUUAUUUGCGACUUUCUGACCAAUUUUCUUUCAUGAUACACCAUUGAAAAGCUCAAAUUUCAUGUUCUAUGUUCAUGCCCGCAAGUUAAGGUGUCAUUUCAGGGUGCAUUGUCCCUUACCCCUUUGCCAAUCUCAGGGCACAUUGCCACUUAAUGAGUUAAAAGGCAUAAUAGAUAGCUUAAGAUCUACGACGUCAGGGCUAAGUAGAGGACUGGGACUAGGAUGUCGUCGUGAAUAAGUAGAUAGCUCAAUAUCAACAACGCCAAAUUUUUAGGGCGGCAGUCGGAAGUAAAUUGGCAAUAGUUUUUGAAGUGUGCAUGGUCUCUCUCAAUUUGCUCGUCGUCCACCAAACAUCGACAACCUCACAACACAGUUUUACCGUUGUGGAUACAAGAGCAUAGCAAACGGUUAUGAAUUCAUGUGUCUCUUUAAAAUUCAUUUUCAAAAGAAUGUAAAUAUAUUUUACAAACUUUAAAUAUUUAUAGUUUAAAUGUCGACGUCGUGAAUCUUAGUGGAAGUUUAUUUAUUUAGGACGACGUUCUAGUCCCAGUCCUUUGCUUAGCCCUGACAUCCUAGCUAACGUCGACAUCGUAGAUCUUAAGCUAUCUAAUAUUGCCAUUGGUGAACUUACAGUCUUGUAAAAACACUUAAUAUUAAAGAAUAGUAGAAUACCCAAUUCACCUCAGUAAUAGAAUUCUAUCACUCAGCUCAACUCAACUUGGUAAUAGAAUGGAACUUGGUAAUAGAACCUAUUAGGGACGGACCAUUAGAAAAGUGAUGGGGGGGUGGGGUAAAUUUUUUUUGUUUGCAUUUUUUUCCAGGUUGUUAGCUGUGUAUGCAUGUUUUUUUUUAAAUAUGUCUUCUCGCAUGCAAUUUUUUUUCCAAUACAACUAUACAAAUGUUAACGAAACUGUUCUCUUGACAAAAGAAUAUCCCUUUAAUACACACUGCAAAAUAAUAUCUUUAAGGAUAUUUUAGGCUAAAGCAGAUAUCAUUACUUAUAAGUAGCAUUUUAAUAUAAGAGAUCGUUAUUGACAUAGACACAAUGCGAAAGUGAAAGAAGCAGUAGCAUAUAUCACGGAAAUUGCUUGCAAUGAUGAGGCUUUAGUGAAACAAUCUAAGGAGGCAGUAUGGCAGAACAAAUGAGCAAAAGGAAGAAGAAACAAAACAUGAGAAAAGAAAAGAGCAAGAUUAAGUAGAGGAAAAGAAAAUGUAGAAGAAGAUAUUGCCAUUGAGAUUGUAGAUCAGGAAGACAUGCAGUGUCAGUUUGAUAGAUGAAGGGGAUAAUGGUAGUUUGAUUGUAGAUGAAGAUAGUGUCAGUUUGAUUGUAGAUGAAGGGAAAAGUGGUAGUUUGGUUGUUGAUCAAGAAGAUAGUGUCAGUUUGAUUGUAGAUGAAGGGGAAAGUGGUAGUUCGGUUGUAGAUCAAGAAGAUAGUGUCAGUUUGAUUGUAGAUCAAGAAGAUAGUGUCAGUUUAAUUGUAGAUUGA